AAAAAAAAAAAAAAGUACGUUUUUUAAACCGUUUUUUCGAUUUUUUUUUCUUAGGUGAAAAUUCAUUUGUCCAAGCGCAAGGUUUCGCUUUUCAACAAUUUCAACAAUUUCACCAACAACAAAACUGGAAUUUAUAUAAUCAAUUAACGACAGAUCCAUUUAUUCUUGAAACAAAUAAUAACAUGUUAAAUUCUCUCGAUCAGGACUUUGUUAAUUAUAAUUUUCAACAAAAUCUUGAUUUCAAUAGUUUUAAUACAAAGAAAGGAUCAAAUCACAUUUAUUCGAAUUAUACGAUACCUUCAAUUACUUCAAUAAUAUCUCAACAUGUUACGACAAAUAAUAUUAACUCAAUGAAUUUUUUACCUUUAUCAAAUAUGAUUACACCACCAAUAAUAUCUUCAAUACCAACAAAAUCAUCGAUUGGAAUAGAUUUUAAUUAUAAUGAAAAUACAAAUCUUUUAACUCAAUCACAAUCUCAACCUCAAUUUCAAUCUCAACUUCAAUCUCAACUUCAACCUCAAAAUUCAAUACAAUCAUCUGAUACAUUAUCAUAUUUUACCAUUCCUGAUAAAGAUACUACAAUUUUAUUACAAGAUAUAUUGGAUGGAAUGAAAGUCAUGCAAGAAAUUUCAAAUGAUUUGUCAACUUAUAAUAAUUCAAAUACGGAUAAUAAUAUACUUCAAGAUAUUACGAAUAAUUUAGUUAUGGAUCUUGUUGAUGAAAAUUCAGUUGACUGGUUAAUUCAAGAUAAUUGGGAGGAAACGUCAAUACAGGGCGAAACGUCAAUACAGGGCGAAACGUCAAUACAGGGCGAAACGUCAAUACAGGGCGAAACGUCAAAACAGGGCGAAACGUCAAAACAGGGGGAAACGUCAAAACCGGGCGAAACGUUAAAACAGGGCGAAACGUCAAAACAGGAGGAAACGUUAAAACAGGGCGAAACGUUAAAACAGGAGGAAACGUUAAAACAGGACGAAACAUAUGAAUCUAAGGGAAAAUCACCUGAAAAGGUAUUGUUACUUUUUAUUUAACAUAAUUUAACGUAAAUUGAAUAUAGUAUUUUUAUUAACGAAAAAUUUUUUUUUAGAAACAUGAAGAGAUAUUUUGUCAGUAUGUUGAUGAUUUAAUUGAAGAACAUAUGAAAGAAAUCAAAAAAGUCGUUCAUAAUGAGAUAUUAUGUCAAGAAAUUUUAACAGAAUCAUCAAGUUUGGAAUAUCAAGAUUUUAAAAAUUUUAUUCAAACAGAAGAUACGACGACGACAAUAAUAGAUAAUCAAGACAUAAUAAUAAAACAAGAAGUAAUAAGCCAAGAAAUAAGCCAAGCCGAAUCCUCGUCAUCAUCAUCAUCAUCAUCAUCAAGUAAUAUGUUUGUAC